AUGGAGCUGGCGCGUCUCGUGCCCUACUUCCUCAACGGCGAGGGCGCUGCGCCUCCCACGCCGCCCGCUGCGCCGUCUCAGCCCGAGCCCAAGACGCAGGAGAAGGCGCCGGUGCUCAAGCAGCAGGUGGAGGCGCCUAGAGACGCGCCCAAGCCGCAGGAGCUCAAGAUUAAGACAGAAGUUGAGAAGAUCAAGGCCCCUGAGCCCGUGCACAAGGUCCCCGAGCCUGUCCAGAAGGCCCCAGAGCCUGUGAAGCAGACCAUCAUUCCGCCUGUGGUGGAGGAAGAGCCGCCGCGUCGCGUGUGGGAGGAGAAGCACGUGCCGUCGUCGCCGCUGUCCCGCAUCCUGGGCUUCGGCGGUCUGGCGGCGAGACUUGCGGUGGGCACGGCGGCCGAGAUCGUCCGCAGUGGAGGCAUGAACGGGACGUACAAUGCUCUCGUGUCCGACUCCAAUGCGGAGAAGCUGGCGGAAACGCUGUGCACAAUGCGAGGUGCGGCCCUGAAGCUCGGACAAAUGCUGAGCAUCCAGGAUGAGGCCAUGAUCCCGUCCAAGUUCGCUGUGGCGCUAGAUCGCGUUCGCGAGAAUGCGCACGUGAUGCCGAAGGACCAACUGCACCAGCAACUCGAGACCGAGCUCGGUGAGGACUGGCGCAGCAAGUUUUUGGAAUUCGACGACGUUCCCAUUGCUGCUGCGUCCAUUGGACAGGUGCACCGCGCUACUCUGUUGAACGGUGAGCGUGUGGCGAUCAAGAUCCAGUACCCAGGUGUGGCUGAGUCUAUCGGCAGUGACUUGUCGAACUUGAAGAGGCUGGUGACGUACACCAACAUUUUGCCGCGCGGAUUGUACAUCGAUGAGAUCAUUCGUGUUGGCAAGGAAGAGCUCACAGCCGAGUGCGACUACCUGAACGAGGCAGAGAACCAAGAGCGAUUCAGGGAGCUAAUUGAGCAGAGCGGAAUGGGUGAGAAGUACGUCGUGCCACGAGUGUACCGCGAGCUGUCUACAUCGCGUAUCCUGACGACGCAGUUGAUCUCCGGAGUUGCUGUCGAUAAGGCCGUGCACCUCUCACAAGACGUGCGCAACAGUAUUGCUCGUCGCAUUCUCGAGCUUACGAUCCACGAGCUCUUCAACUGGCGCUUCAUGCAGACCGAUCCGAACUGGAGCAAUUUCAUGUACAACGCGUCCACGGACACGAUCGGACUUGUGGACUUCGGCGCCGCCCGCGAGUAUCCCAAGGCCUUCGUGGAUGACUACUUCAACAUCGUGUGGGCUGCUGCAAAUGAAGACGAGAAGACCAUGGUCGACUAUUCGAUCAAGAUGCAUUUCCUCACAGGCGACGAGUCUCCUGCAAUGAUGCGCGCCCACGUUGCUGCAGGUAUGGUUGUUGGUGAGCCAUUCCGAUCGCACGAACCAUUCGAUUUCCACAAGAGCAAGCUCACCACUCGACUCGGCCAGCAUACUGAAGUGUUCAUGCACGGCCGUCUGACACCUCCGCCUCAAGAGGUGUAUUCCCUGCACCGAAAGCUUGCGGGGGCAUUCCUGAUGUGCAUCAAGCUUCGCGCUGUUGUCCCGUGUCGGGAUGUGCUUGAAAAUGUGCAGCGCCAGUUUUACUCAUAG